AUGACAGGAAGGCAAGGAAAAGAUGGGAAAUGGCUGGUGAGGUUGGAGAAGCACCUCCACGAAGUUGCAGGAGACGAUAACCUCAUUGAUUUGGACGAGUUCAUAAAUGCACUGAAUGUGAAGGAGUCCUUCUUUGCUGAGCGGUUCUUUGAGCUCAAUGACAAGGAUCAGUCAGGGAGUAUCAGCUUGGAGGAACUGAUAGUUGCUCUGCGGCUUCUUGUCAAUGGAACAGAACAACAGAAGCUUCACUUUCUCUUCCAGGUUUAUGACGUAGAUGGUAGCGGAUUUAUCGACGUUGAUGAGCUCAGGACGGUACUCCGAUCUUGCACAGAUGAAUGUGCAUUGACCCUGCCCGAGGAAACAUUGACGGAGCUUACUGAAAUCCUUUUCGCUGAUGCUGAUGUCGAUGGCGAUGGUGAGGUCAGCUUUGAAGAGCUUUCUGAGCAGCUACAGCGGUACCCUGGCAUCACAUCUAAUCUUAGCUUCUGUGCGGCUGAGUGGCUGAACCCUAAAAAGAAGAAACCUAAAAGUCAAUCACGUUGUAGCUAUCAUGCACUCCGCAAUAACUUCUCCGUCAUCAUCUUCUGGAUCGUCUUCGUCAUCAUCAACGUUGGGCUGGCAGCAUGGGGUGCGUACGAAGGCUAUCGUAGCGUCAAUGAUGAGAGGCAUCCAGCGGCAAUAAUCAUCGCCAGAAGUGCAGGAUUGAUCUACCAGGUAGAGAAUGUAAAUGGCACAACAGCUGCAUGGAUUCGUAAUGUCCUGGUCCGACCUUUUCCCGGUCUUGGCCUUGUUGAAGGUUCUUGUAUCAUCACUGAUUUCUUGACUCUUCAUAUAAGAUGUGUGGGACACUGGACAAAGCGACUCUACAAUGUCGUCAGAGAACGUCAGCUCGCUCUUCUUGAAGACGAACCAGGCUUUGGCGAGAUCGACAAAGAACACGACACACCUUUAGAGGUCAUCGUUGAAGUUAGUUCUACCAAGAGUACAUCCGCCGUGGAGUCUAACAGCCAGCAGAGCACCACCUCGGAUAUACCAAUUGAUAAUAACGGACGUAGAUCUUCAAAAACAUACAACAAAAGAAGGAGAACCGCAAGAGGUGCAACCAACUUAGGCUUCGUGCCAGAAUUACCGAACGGUGACAAAGAUGGAACCAAGACCGUAACAGAGGGCAAACCAUAUAACACUGGUCAGAACGAUGAUGAAUCACUUGCACAGAAAGUGAAUCCAACACAAUUAAGUCUUCCACGUAAAGCUGAUCACCCAUCUGCUUCCCAAGGUGAUUGCCAACCGAUGCCUCACAAAGAGCUGGGCGAAAUAUCUAUGACUUUAGCGGUCAAUGGCAACAGUUUCAAAAUGAAAUCGUUGAACUCUCGCCAAAGCAUUGAUGUACAGGAGGCACCUCGAGGGAAUACCACCAAAAGACAAUCACUGAGGGUUAGACAGUCUCUAGCUGUUCGGGAAAGGAGAAGCGUCGGUGGAAAGCCGAACGACGAUGUUAACAGGAAGAUGAGUUUAGUGACGUUAAGAAGGAACGGUGCUCGACAUUCGUUGGAUCUGUCAAAGGAUUUAGGCGGUACACCUCACACUGGAUUGGAAGUUAUAUUAGAUGGUCCGUAUGGGGCACCUGCGCAGCAUAUCAUGGAGGCUGAACAUGCCGUACUCAUCGGGGCAGGAAUAGGCAUCACACCGUUUGCCUCUAUCCUACAGAGCAUACAUGAGAGAUAUAAGGCGGCCAAGAAGCAGUGUCCAAACUGCAACCAUACUUGGGUGACCGAUACAUCAUCUAUCCUGAAAACCAAGAAGGUGGACUUUGUUUGGAUCAAUCGUGAUCAACGUUCCUUCGAGUGGUUUAUCAGCCUCAUCAGCACCAUCGAGUUGGAACAGGCUGAGAUACCCGCAGCAGAUCGCUUUCUCGAUAUCCAUCUCUACAUGACAUCAGCUCUCUUACCCAGUGACAUGAAGGCAAUCGGACUCCACGUCGCUCUCGAUCUCAUCCACCAGAAGAAAAAUCGAGAUACGAUCACGGGCUUGAAGACGAGGACCCAGGCUGGAAGGCCGGAUUGGGACGAGGUUUUCCAAAACCUGAAACAGCAGCACAAAGGCAAGAUCACUGUGUUCUUCUGUGGCUCUCCUGCUCUAGGAAAGAUCCUUUCAACCAAAUGCUUACAGUACCACAUGGAAUUCAGAAAGGAGAACUUCUAAGACCAUGAAGACAUCAUGUUUUAAAGAAUUGAC